AUGUGGAACAAUUGGAUCCCGAAAAAGGUUGGAAUGGUGGCGUGGAGAGCAGAGAAGGAUAGGCUUCCAACUAGAGAGGCGUUAGCCAGAAGGGGUAUUGAUAUUACGGAUGCUUCGUGUGUAUUAUGUGGAGAGUAUGUGGAGUCAAGUGAACACCUGUUUGUCGCAUGCCACUUCAUACAAACUGUUUGGCAGAAUAUUACUUCUUGGUGUAAAACCCUUCCCAUUAUAGCUUUCGUUAUCAGAGAUAUUUUCGGUCUUCACAAUUUCAGUCCGGGUUCGAGGAAAAGAAAGAAGACGUUGCAAGCCAUUUCCCACAUUGCUAUUUGGAGCAUCCGGAAGACACGUAAUGAGGUAAUGUUCAAUAACGCUCAACCAAAUGUGAUUAAAGUAUUGGAGGAAGUUAAGUCGUUAGGUUUCCUAUGGGUUAAAAAUAGGUCCAGGGAGUUAGAUCUCUCAUGGGAGGAUUGGUGUAGAUUUUCGGUGUUUGAAUAA